CAAUCCUGACUUUACAACCUUUCAUCUCAGACAGACGCUUUCUCCGAAUAGACAUCAUCAUUUUUUACUGUACUGUUAAAUCGUUCUGUCUGUCGGACCGAAUCUAGUUUUGAUCACAGAAUUUGAGAGAACAUAGACGUGGAAAGAAUGGAGGAGCAACAGCAGCCGAAACACGAUGAUGAUGCGCUCCUGGAGCGCGCGGGGAGCCAGGACGUUAUCCUCCCAAUAACAACCUCCACAAGGGCCUCUAACAGCCGUGCAUUUAAGGUAGCAGGGUUCACGGUACUGGCGUGUCUUCUCCUAGCCGGCCAGGCCCUCACUGCCUACCUGGUCUUCAACCAGAGGGGCCAGAUCCACGACAUGCAGAAGAGCAACGACAACAUGCGCAAGCAGCUGAGAAACAGACCACCAGCUGUGGCCCCUGUCAAGAUGCAGAUGCCCAUGUUCAACAUGCCACGGAUGAUCGACUUCACUGAUGAGGACACCAAGACUCCCAUGACGAAACUGGAGGACACUGCCACUGCAAUUGUGAGCCUGGAGGAGCAGGUGAAGGAUCUGCUGCAGAACCCCCAGCUGCCCCAGUUCAACGAGACGUUCCUGGCCAACCUGCAGAGCCUGAAGGACCAGAUGGAGGAAACUGAGUGGAAGGGCUUUGAGACCUGGGCGCGCUAUUGGCUGCUCUUCCAGAUGGCACAGGAGAAGCCCCCUGCUUCCCCCACACCUCAGCCAGCCUCUGGCCUGCAGACCAAGUGUAACCUGGAGAUGUCUGCCCACCCCCAUAAGGUUGGCACCUACCUGCCUCAGUGUGACGAGCAGGGCAACUACCUGCCCAUGCAGUGCUGGCACGCCACCGGCUUCUGCUGGUGUGUGGACAAGAACGGCAAACUCAUCGAGGGCACCAGCGUGCGUGGCAGAGCCAUCUGUGACGGAGUCCCCCAUCAGAGGAUGGCAGCUUACCCCAGGAUGAUGCAGCUGAAGGAGUACAAUGAUGAGUAAAACCACAGCUCAACCACAGCACCCGAUGGACUUCUUCACCAAGUGUCCUCUCCUCAUCUCACUGUCA